AAAGCCAAGAGAAAAAAGUAAUGAAAAGACGUAGCCCGAUUCCCUUCUUCCCGCGAAUCACACACGGAUCACGACCAAAACGACAUCAAUGACUACUGUAUUACCCAAGAGCGUCGCCGUCAUCGGCGCCGGCGCCGGGGGCCUAGUCGCCGCCCGCGAGCUCCGGCGAGAGGGCCACGAGGUGGUCGUCUUCGAGCGAGGAAACAAGGUCGGAGGCACGUGGGUCUACAACCCGACCACCGAAUCCGACCCGCUCGGCAUCGACCCGGCCCGGCCCGUGGUCCACAGCAGCCUAUACGCCUCGCUCCGGACCAACUUGCCCCGGGAGGUGAUGGGUUUUCGGGAGUACCCGUUCGUGGCGAAGAACGGGGCCCACAGGGACCCGAGGAGGUUCCCGGGUCACGGGGAGGUGUUGGAGUACUUGAACGAUUAUACGACCGAGUUUGGACUCGGUGAGUUGGUGCGGUUCGGUGCGGAGGUGAGGCGUGUGUGGUUGGAGGGUGGGAAGUGGAAGGUAAGGUCGACGGCUUGUGGGGAGCCGUUGGAUGAAGUUUAUGAUGCUGUGGUUGUGUGUAAUGGGCAUUAUACGGAGCCCCGAAUAGCUGAGAUUCCGGGCCUUGAGACAUGGCCAGGACUUCAAAUCCACAGCCACAAUUACCGUGUUCAUGAGCCAUUUCGAGAUCAAGUUGUAAUUCUAAUUGGGAGUUCUGCAAGUGCUGUUGAUAUCUGUAGAGACAUUGCUGGAGUUGCGAAAGAAGUCCACAUUGCUUCUAGGUCGGUUACAGACAGAACUAUGGGAAAGCUGCCUGGACACGAUAACAUGUGGCUUCAUUCCAUGAUAGAAAGUGCCCAUGGAGAUGGUACUGUGGUAUUCCGAGAUGGCAGUGCAAUCUGUGCUGAUGUUAUUCUGCACUGCACAGGGUACAAGUAUCAUUUUGCUUUUCUUGAUGUGAAUGACACUGUGACUGUGGAUGACAACCGUGUGGGGCCACUGUACAAGCAAGUUUUUCCGCCUCUCCUAGCCCCAUUGCUUUCGUUUGUCGGGUUGCCGUGGAAGGUUGCCCCCUUCCCCAUUUGUGAACUCCAGAGCAAGUGGAUAGCGGGUGUUUUAUCAGGUCGUGUUUCGCUUCCAUCAUCAGACGAGAUGAUGGCUGAUGUUGAAGCUUUUUACAGAACCUUGGACGCAUCUGGCAUCCCCAAGCACUACACUCAUAACAUUGGUGAUUCUCAGUUUGAAUACAAUGACUGGCUGGCUACUGAAUGCGGGUGUCCACCUUCUGAAGAAUGGAGAAAACAAAUGUAUUCCGAGACUGACAAGAACAGGAAGGUGCGGCCGGAAACAUACCGCGAUGAAUGGGAUGAUGAGCUCUUGGUUGCCCAAGCGCACGAGGACUUUGUCAAUUGCAGUUCAGAGGGAAAUGGAAACCUCUCUCAGUAACCGGAGCUCAGGCCCUCCUACAGCACAAGUUGUUGCAAGGAGGCACAUUUUUUUCUCCUUUCUAUCACAUUUCAUCUUUGUAUUUUUAUUGUGUGCUCUUUAGCUUCCUGUCAUUUCAUUUGUAAAGCCCAGUUUGAAUAAACUCAAAUAAAAAUAUAUCAAUUGUGUAUGGGUCCGCGAGGUA